UGUUUUUCCCGGAAUUUGGCAACUGUCAGCAUGGUUUUUCUGUAGGUUUAAAGCUACUCCGCCACUGAAAAAAAGUCAAAUGCUGUAUACAGUAUUACAUUUACCUUGAAUAUUGAUUGCUCGUGCAAGGCUGUCGACAUUCUUGCACAACAUGGCUCUGUCAUUCUUUUUAAUAUGGUGUAUUGCGUUGAUAAGAUCAAAUCUUUUCCUUUUAGGCUCAAAGUCAGCAGUAGCAUCAUUCUGCACGAUUAUAAUAUUGAUCCAUUUGCUGGAGUAGCUAUUAGGUUCUUCUCCUUUUUGAAAAUGCCGAAUGUUGAAUUCAUGUAUAUGAUGAUCGAAUACCCUGUAAGAUGAUAUGGAAGAUAUUCUUAAACAAUUCAGACGUAGAAGUCCAUUGAUUUUCUUUUUAACCUCAGCAAAAGACCAACUGAAAGAUCAAUAGUACAUCAAUAUGCAGCUAUGCUCUAGCAGGCUGCACUAGUUACCUUUUUGCAUUUUCUAUUAAAUUUCCUUGGACCAGAAUUUCACAUGUUUAUGGUCUGUAAAAGUAGAACAUAUAGAACUGUAACCAACGAGUUUCGCUUAGCCUUUCCUCACCGCGUACUACCAUUUUAUUUCUCUUGUUUAGUCCAUCACAACUUGAAUUUAGUUACAUGCUUUGUUUGGCAAACCUCUGUUACUAGUUAAUCACAUGUUGCUUGUUCAAAAGAUUUCAUCUCCUGUGAACAUCCCUUGAUAAACCCUAGACAUAACAGUUCGAUUUAAAAAAUGCUUAUUAUAUGGUACAAUUUAGUGUCUACUGGUUUAGUUUACUCUUAGUCAAAUGAAGUGCCUGAUCCCCUCAAGAUAUCAUUUUUCUGUAGACACGAUGAAGUUUGGUGCAACAUAUGAAGAGUACCUCCGCUUGGAGCAGGACAAGUACCUAGGACAAUGCUCCCGUGUAGAAUAUAAACGCCUCAAGAAGGUACUGAAGAAAUGUAGAGUUGGUCGCUCGUUGCAAGCAGAUGCAGCAAAUGGUGAUGAGAAGUACCAGGGGAGCGAUGAAUAUUCAGGAGUUUGUGAAUGCAACUCAUGCACAUUUUGUGAUGAGAUGUUCUUUACAGAACUCAACAAGGAGGCAUCGGAAAUAGCAGGGUGUUUCAGAUCUAGAGUACAACGUCUCCUCCACCUUCAUGUUCCUUCAGGAAUACAACGCUAUAUAUGGCGUUUUAGACAGUGUUUCAUAGAUGACCAACAAAUAAUGGUUCAAGAAGGCAGAAUGCUUCUCAACUAUGUGGCCAUGAAUGCUAUUGCUAUUCGCAAAAUUCUCAAGAAAUAUGACAAGAUACAUGGUUCUGUAAGUGGCAGAGAUUUCAAGAGCAAGAUGCAAACUAAGCACAUCGAACUGUUGCAAUCACCUUGGCUAAUAGAGCUUGGUGCUUUCCAUCUCAACUGUGACGAUUCAGAUACUGAUGAGCUUGGAGCUGGAGGGUUCUUCAAGAAUGGAUUCUUCAAGAAUUUUUCCUGCGACCUGACUGGAGCACAGCCAUUGCUAACAAUGACCAUAUCUGAAACUCUGAAGUAUGAGUACAGCCUAACUUGUCCAAUUUGCUUGGACACUUUGUUCAACCCUUAUGCACUUAGCUGUGGGCAUUUGUUCUGCAAAGCCUGUGCAUGUGCUGCAGCUUCUGUCUACAUUUUCCAGGGUGUCAAGUCGGCACCACUGGAUGCCAAGUGCCCUGUAUGCCGAGCGGUUGGUGUGUUUGGUCGUGCCGUGCAUAUGACUGAACUGGAAUUGCUUCUCAAAAGAAGGGACAAAGAUUACUGGAGGCAGAGACUGCGCGAAGAGCGAACUGAGAUGGUUAAGCAAUCCAAAGAAUACUGGGACUCGCAGGCGAUGCUAUCAAUGGGGAUCUGAAGUCAAUAUUCCUACCAAUUCAACUGUUGUAACACUAAUGUUUGUCAAUAAUCAGUAAUCACCAAGAUGGCCAUCAAAGCUCAAGCAUGGAUGGUUCUCUGACUGAUUACAUCUGUUAACUGCUAGCAAGCAUCAGCCAAGGAAGUUAACUGCGCUAAUAUAACAUAUAUGAAGCUGGGGCCUCCAAUUCCUUAGUUUAGAAUGAUGCAAGAUGUCGCACUUACCGAUGGUGUACUAUUGUAUUUACCUAGCCAUUGAUUCUCGGUGUGUUAUUUACCUGUAAAAUUAUUGGCAAAUGUUGGAAUGUGAUGCAUUUAGACAUGUAGAACUAAGUCCAUUUUCCCUUGCUCUAUCCUUUGACUAUUUAUGAAUUAUACAGAACACACUAGCAUUUAGCAA